CACUACAACAUGCUUCGUUUUAAUCAUGCUCACCAAAACGAAAACAAUAAAUCUACUUUUUUAAAGGAAAAACUACUGUGUCUGUGACUACAAGUAUCUGCAAUAAUUUUAUCUCAAACUUCAAAUACUGAAGUUUUAAUAUAAUAUGACUGUCCAGAGGUGGAAUACUUUUCAAUGGGUACAUAGUUUACAUAGAUACCGAAUUUAUCAACAUGCUUAUUAACUGUAACACGAAAAUCAUCUCCGAUCGUAUAAUUUUGGUACCGUACGAAGCUGCUCAUGUACCAAAGUAUAACUGCUGGAUGCAAUCUGAUGAGCUGUUAAGCUUAACUGCUUCAGAGAGACUUACUUUGGAAGAAGAAUACGAGAACCAAAUCAGCUGGCGGCAAGAUGAAAAAAAAUGUACCUUCAUUAUACUGGAUCAUGAGAUGUACAAGAAUAGUGGUGAUGAAAUAGAAUCAAUGAUUGGAGAUAUAAAUUUAUUUUUUAAUGAUCCUUCUUUGGAAGAUACUGCUGAAAUUGAAGUUAUGAUAGCAGAAAUUUCUUCUAGAAGAAAGGGAUUUGGAAAACAAGCUGUAAUCUUGAUGAUGGUAUAUGGAGUCGAAAUUCUGAAAAUAACUAAGUUCACAGCUAAAAUCGGAAUGAGCAACUCUAUAAGCCUGGGUUUAUUCCUCAAAAUAGGCUUUAUUGAGGAAUCUCGCAGCAGUGCGUUUCAAGAAAUAACUCUCUCUUUACCUGUAACAGAUAAAGUGCUUCAGUAUUUGAGGCAAGAAUCCCAAUCACUUGGAAUGAGAAUUAAUCUCUCAUCAUAAAUAUUGUGACUGUCAGAGAAAACUUUCCUCACAAAAAAAACUUCAGUUGCUAGUUGAAGCCAUUUCACUUCAUUUAUAUCAAAAAUGCUUUUAAGAAAGGCAUAAAAAUCACAUAUUCUCAUUUCUCUAUCUUUAUAUGUCUGAGGCCUUGUACCUAUGUAAGAAAUCAAUUCAUCUAUAAUUGUUGCCACUGUGUGUGAGUUGAGUCUCACAAUAUUUCCAAUGACUUUUUUAUGAAGAUUAAGUUUUGCUAAUGAAAUUUCUGGUUUAUUUUCCAUUCUACACAUAACAUCUUACUAUUACUUUUCUAAAGGAAAUAAUAUAGAAAUAAAUAAAACAUAAAAGGAGAAAUGUAAUAUUGCA